CCAAGCCCCUGGUCCCAGGGAACCUUCCAUUUCCAGCCUUGUCCCUGGAGGAAGAGGAGGAAGAGGAUGAGAACGGCGAAGACGUGGCGGAGCCCGAGGGGCUACGCAGCGAGGAGCAUCUGAGCCAGUUUUUCGCGGAGGCACAGCGGCUGCGGGAGCAGAAGUUGUUGCUAGACGAAGAGUGCACCGAGCAGCCCUGGCCUGUGGCAGUGAGUUCUUUGGGGCCAUGCUCCUGAGUGGCAUGAGGGAAUCCCAGGGCACGGAGGUGUCUCUACGAACCAUCUCUACCCAGGACCUGCGACUCCUCGUCUCUUUUGCCUACUCCGGGGUUGUACGGGCAAGGUGGCCAGGCCUGCUGAGAGCUGCCCAGGCUGCUCUGCAGUACCAGAGCUCUUCCUGCCUGGAUUUGUGUCAGAAAGCCUUGGCACGGGGCCUCAGCCCUGCCCGUUGCCUGGCCCUGUUCCCCAUGGCUGAAGCCCCUGGGUUGGAGAGGCUCUGGAACAAAGCACGUCACUACCUCCUCACUCACCUGCCUGCUGUGGCUUUGUGCCCCACUUUCCCUUCUUUACCAGCUGCCUGCCUGGCUGAGCUGCUGGAUAGCGAUGAGCUCCAUGUCCAAGAGGAGUUUGAGGCCUUCAUGGCUGCACGGAGUUGGCUAGCUGCCAACCCUGAGACUCAGGAGUCAGAGGCCAAGGCCCUGCUGCAAUGUGUCCGCUUUGGCCGAAUGUCCACCAGGGAGUUGCGGAGGGUGCGGGCAGCCGGGCUACCCCCAUCCCUGUCCCCAGACUUGCUGCGCCAGCUGUUGGUAGAGGCUGAUGUUCCAGGCCAAGAGAGGCGGAGGGAGCCUGACCGGGCACUGGUGGUGAUUGGCGGGGAUGAACUCAGAUCGGACAUGGCCCGAAGACAGCCAUCCGAAAGAGUGUGGUGGGCCCGGGCCUUCCGCUGUGGCAUGGGACUGGUACGAACCGUGGACUGGGGGUGGCUACCUGCCCUGCCUGCCCCAGGACGCUUCCGGCAUGGGGCUGCAAGCCUGGCAGGAAGUGAACUCUAUGUAUGUGGGGGACAGGAUUUUUACAGCCACUCCAACACCCUGGCUUCAACUCUCAGGUGGGAGCCAACUCAAGAGGAUUGGGAGGAGAUGGCACCUUUGUGCCAGGCUCGGAGCUUUUUCCCCCUGGUAGCCCUGGAUGGACAGCUUUAUGCCCUGGGUGGAAGAGACAAUGGUGUUGCCCUCAACUCUGUGGAGACCUAUAACCCUGAGCUCAAUGUCUGGAGGCCAGCACCUGCACUUCCAGCACCAUGCUUUGCCCAUGCAGCUGCCAUUUUGGAGGGCCGAUUGUACGUGAGCGGUGGCUGUAGUGGAACUGGCCAAUACCUGGCCUCAUUGCUACACUAUGACCCCAAACUUGAGAAGCCAGGGACACUUCUGAGCCCUAUGGGGAUACCUCGGGCUGGCCAUGUCAUGGCUGCUCUGGGUGGGCGGUUGUAUGUGGCAGGUGGGCUAGGUGAGACUGGGGACCUGCUGAGCUUUGAGGCCUAUGAACCAAAGACUGAUAGCUGGACUCAGCUGGCACCCCUGCCCUCCCCCCAUGUGGGUGCUGCAGGUGCUGUGCUGCAGGGGGAGCUCCUGGUGCUGGGGGGCUACAGUCACCGUACUUACGCCCUAUCCCACCUUAUCCAUGCCUACUGUCCUGGCCUGGGCCGAUGGCUCUGCCUGGGAACUCUGCCAAAGCCUCGGGCUGAGAUGCCUGCCUGCAUCCUGACACUGCCCACUGUGCAACACAUAGCUUUGGUUCCCACCGUGCACCAAACCAAACCUGCUGGGUGAAGGGGGAGCAGCAGUGUAGGAGGGGGAGGAAGGGAUGAG